AUGCAUACUAAUAUCUUCACCCCGAAGCACCAACGGCUAGUGAACCAAUGCUACCCGACAGGGAGAACUACAGACAAGAAACCGAAGUCUUCGGAGACAUCUUAUCUACUGUAUUAUGUUAAUUCAAGGCGUAGUAAAUUGGAAAAAGUGAGUAGUUAUUUAAUAAAGAGGACCAGCUCAGAUAUGAAUAGGAGACGAGUGGGGAACGUUUCGGUCACUUUAGAGCUAAUGAAUAAGAUUGUAAACAGUUGUAAAGAAAAUUUAAACCUUUUCAUUAAGGAUUUUUUCCAUAUUAUGAAUGCUGUAUUGUCUAACAACAAUUUUAAUAAUGAUGUCAGCAUCAUUGAAUUGUUAGAACUGACAUUUAAUAGUAUUUGUACAAAUUUAGAUGGAGCACUUUGCAGCGGAGAUAUGGAAUUUAUUAGAGGAUACUCUACGUUUGUUGACUCAUUUUUUAAAUUACUCACCGAGAAACUGCAUAAUGAUGAUUUAUUAUUGAAAUGUUGUCAUGAUAUUUCACUGACUAAUAGUUUGCCUGGUAAUUCCAAAAUGAACCACUUCGUGGCUAGGGCAGUGAAAUUUGCUAUAGUUAAGUUCCAAGAGAGAAAUCCAACGUUCAAGGCUUUAUCUUUAACGUCUUCCACACAAGUUCCAGUUCAGUUAUUAGCUAAAAGAUUGAGUAGAACUCAAACACGACCUGCAGGGUUUGAUCUACAGAAUACAGCAAAUGGAGAUGAACCUGAUAUUUCAUUGCGAGUUAUAAGAGCAUUUUUUGGUACAACUGAAACAGAUAAAUUAAGGUUGUCUAUCAAUGCACUUUUAGAUCUAUUACAAUUAACGCCUAAUAAAGAACUGCUAGAAUUUAUCUGUAAUGGUAUUCCGGUUCAAUUGAGAUACAUUGUCAUCAUUUUACUGGUUCAACAGUUAAGUGAUAUUUCAAUCCCACCUACAAAAAAUGAUGACUCACAAAAAAAUCUUAAAAAAGCAGAUCCAUUAGUUAUAUUAAAACUAACUUCUGCAUUACUAAUAUCUGAUAUCAGUAUAGUUGGAUUAAGUGUUCUAGACAUCAUGAGAAGAUUGUUGAAAUUCCAGUUAGAUAACUACAAAAAUUCCGAAGUCGUUUCGCAAUGUGCUCUGACAAUCAAGGAUUUGAAUAGUAAGACAUAUUAUAAGGAGCAAACUUCCGAUAUGCUUUACGAACUUGUCAUUAGACUAAAAUCUACUGCCGAUAAUUCUGCUAGAGGAACAAUAAAUCAAGGAAUAUCGGCUAAGGAGAAGAAAAGAACAGAUAUACUGACUAAUAAUGUGUCUCAAUUGGUGAAGUAUACUGCACAACAAUGCAUUAGUCUGGAACUAUUUAUGGAACUAAUACCGUUUACAAAACACAUGGUGAUAUCAUUAUUCAACAUAGUAGAAAAUGAACUUCCAUCAACCCUUACAUUCAAUAAGUUGCUAGAAGGGCUCUUUGAACUUCCUGAGGAAGAAACACAAAAAAUCCUCAUGGAAAAGAUAUUUGAAAAAUAUGGGAAAUUUGCUUUACUAUCAGGGUUAACAUUUUUCUUGAAAAAUGGAAAAGAACCAAACAGUGUCUAUUACUUCUACCAUAUGGAGGCUGCAAAGUUUUUACAACUAGAUGAUUAUACAAAUCAAGUUCAGUAUAAAAGAGAUACACAUUCUAUGUUUACGAAGGAUGACCUUUUGAAUUAUUAUUCUGAUCCAGGAUCAAACAAGUAUAGCAAAAUUGGUUCGCAAUUGUUACUUACUAAACCUACGCAUGUUUCCACAUCUGAUCUAAUUUCAGAUACCCAAGGCCGAACAAUAACACCCGAUGUUUAUGGUGCGAAAUCGAUUUCCAAUGGGUUUUUGUCUGAAGCAAUGGUUAAGACAAGAAAUGAUGACAAAGCUAAUAACAACAUAACUGAUGACGACCAAACACCUGCUUUGGCUACAAAAACAAGUAUAUAUAGAAUGGUGUCAGAUGAUAUUAAAUCAUGGAGAUCUAUGAAGAGCAGAACACCGAAGAUCAGUGACUUGAAAAAAGCUGCUAGUAGGAAGAAGCAUUCCAAAGAACAUACAGAUAAAGAUACAUCACACCUUGGGCUUGGAUCCCAAUCAGUUAAGUCAAGAGUAACUAAUAUAACAUUUUUACUUCAUGAGUUAAAGACGAAUAAUGAUGGCGAAAAUGAUAAAGUUCAAGACCCAGAUGAUGAUUACGUUAUUGGACUUGAUAAAGCUGGUAUGAUAAGAUCACAGACAGCAAAGCUAAAUUCUGGCAAUACAAUUUCUGUAAGAAGUGCCAGAAACUCUGUACUAAUUAACAGUCCUUCAGAUAGAAUUUUAGGGGACAUUGAUGAUGCAUUUGAAGACGCUCCAGAAGAUAUUGCAAUCUCAACAUCAAGAGGAAAACUAUUUUCAUAG